CAGACGUCAGACGCACGUGAAGCUGAGAAGAGGUGAACCAGUGAGAAGGUGAGAAAGAAAGAAUUGGUCCGCGCAAUGAUCGCCAAAACCACACGCAACGCAACACAACACAACACAUCUUGCCACACAAAACCUUGCCACUUCUCUUGCGCAUGUCCAGUUGAUCAACUAACUGAGCUUUGAGAGGCAGAGCUCUUCAUUUCUGUUGCUGGUACUUCUGUUGCUCUUCUUUGCCAGAUCAAGUCAAGGAAUUUGCUUCCUUUGGAUAUUUUUUGUUGUCGUGAAUUGGAUCACCAUGAUUAUUGCCGUCGAGGAAAAUCCCUUUCACAAUCCUAUCAAUCGCACUCGACCCAUGACAUCUCAGGAUGCCCAAGCAAAUUCAGAUUUUGCCAGAAACACCAAGAGACGAUGCAAUGGCUUUAGCGACACUAAUAAUAUUGAAAAUGCCAUGAUUGUUUCUCGCGACUGUUACGAUCAAGUCAUGGCGUGUGCUGAUUCGGCCGUUCCCUUUCAUCAAGAUUGGUUCUACCAAGUGCCGCACAUGACCAAGGAACGGCUCUUGCAGCAGCAUCAGCCCAUACAACAAGAGGACUCUCUCGAAUCCCUCGACGGACAGCUCCAACAAGUCAAGCGUCGGUUUGGUCCCGCCGCGGAACGAUGUGCCGAUGCCGUUCAUCAAUCGGGAUUGUUCCAGACACAACCCCAUCAAGAAUUCGAAUUGGCACGACGGGCAUGCAAUCCGUAUGAAGUCCUGGGAGAAACCAGACAGGGUGGACUCAAUCACGGACUCUUUCUCAACCGAUCCGCCAUCAAAUUGGCCAAUAUUGACGCUCAAUUGGACUUUGGAUUAUUGUUGCAUUCUAGUAACAACAACAACAAUUUGCCAUUUACAUUUGUCGACUUGUGCGCUGCUCCCGGUGGAUUUAGUGAAUACAUUCUACGACGGUUCUGUCACAACAUUACUACCCAACAACAACAAGGACAGCAACAACAAUCGUGUCGGGGAUUUGGCAUGUCGCUGCAGGGAAACAACGAACAAGGACAUGGGACGGAAUGGAAAUUGAGUGACGGACCCAUUCUCCUCGGGCGCAAUCAGAAUGGACCGUCCGUCCACUAUCACAUUUGCACCGGAGCCGAUGGAACCGGCGAUAUCUUUCAAUGGCACAAUGUGCAAGCUCUCCAACAAAUGAUUGCCAAACACACAAAGCAACAACAGCAACCACUCGUCCAUCUCGUCUUGGCCGAUGGCGGCGUCGAUGCCCAACGCAACGUGGCACAUCCCGAAGGAGAAACGCAAAAAUUGGUCGUCUGUCAGACCGCGGCGGCCUUGAGUAUGCUACAACCCGGAGGACGAUUCAUUUUGAAAUUGUUAUCGUGUCAAACUACACCCGUCUUGCAAUCCGUCCUGCACGAAUUGCUCUUGUGCUUUGAUUCCAUCGCCGUACUCAAACCCAUUAGCAGUCGUCCCGCAUCGGCCGAACGAUACUUGGUGUGCUCGGGAUUUCAGGGCAACAAUAACAACAACAAUAAUGAUCCCUUUGAUGGUCCUCGUUGGAUCAGCCGCGUCUUGUUGGGACAACGACCAGUUCCACCGGCAUUGGUGCAGUGGUUGGCACGGAUUGAUCGAGAUAUGAUUCAUCUCAAUCUCAAGGCGUGUUUCAAAAUGUUGUCCCAUCUUGAAUCCAAAACCAUUCGAUUGGCCAGUGACAAGGCCGCCGAACGGCAUGGAGCCGUCAUGGCAGAUACCGCCACUUGCAUGGAACAAGAUGACGAUGACGAAGCGUGGAUUGCACAAGGGUAUCAGAUCUAUCAAGAACAAAAGGGACAACACAGCAAUCUUCAUCAACUCUAUUACGAACAACAGUCUUCGUCCAAUGUCAAUGUCGAAGACUAUCGCAUGGCGUGGAGAUUGUUUUGAUUCAUUCAGCAAGUACAUAGUCAACGGCAAUCUACAGCACUGCGACGCUACCGACAGCGAGAGUCGAGUCACAGAGUCACAGAGACACCACUACGGUACAUUUUUGAGCAAGAGAAAACGAUCCAGCGGGAGGCCGUUCGAGCAAGGGCUACGAUACAAAACUACAAAACGCAGACAACAAUAAAGUAAAAACGGAAUCUAUAUAUUG